AUGACUUUGUUGACGAACAGGAGGACGACCCAACGUGCCCUUCGGUGUUAUUUACAGCAGCUGAAAAAAAUCAAGUGGCGAAGAGAAUGGCGCUCAGCCCUGGUUGUGCGUAGUCUAGACCGGAGGGUCUUCUAUCAACCGCUUUCGCGCAGACUAAAUUUCCUAUGGGCAAGGAGAGGCGAGCUGCAGAUAUCGGACCUAAAGAAUGGUUGUUUCCUAGUGAGGUUUCGACACGAAGAUGACUAUAAUACGGCUAUCAAUGGUGGACCGUGGCUGCUGGGGGAUACAUAUCUCACAGUUAUGAGGUGGCACAAGGGGUUCAAUCCAUGGACGACGGAGGUGAAAUCUACAAUGGUAUGGGUUCAGCUGCUAGAUUUGCCUAUUGAAUUUAUUAAUAAAGAAGCAGUGAUGGGGAUUGGAGCAUUGAUGGGAAGGCCGGUCAAGGUGGAUAGGGCAACGGAAGAGGGAGCACGUGGAAACUUUGCUAGGGUUUGCGUGGAGGUGGACUUGACUAAGCCACUACUAUCAAAAUACAAAGUGGAAGGGAUUAAAUACUUAAUCCAAUACGAAGGGCUUGAGAAUAUAUGUACUGAGUGCGGCAAGUACGGAAAAUCGACGAAUACGUGCAUGUGCAUGAUCCCGGUCGUGGAAAAGGAACAAGAGCCGGUAUCUAUGGUUCAUGAAACACCUCCGGAGAGGGGUGGGCUGGAUGAACAGCAAGACCCGGUCUAUGGGGAGUGGAUGAUGGUUAAAAGAAAAGCAAGACGUCCAGUGCGACGUAGCUUGCAUGGGGAGGGGGGAAAUGUGGAACAGGAGCGUAGAACGGGUGCGGCUGUUGCUGGUCCAAACCGCUUCUCAACACUUAGUGGGAAAGUAAAUGAGACUUCGGGCAGGCACGGCGAGAUGGAUUUGAGCCAGUCGAAGGAAGAGGUAAGUGGAGAGGCGGAGAGGGAAGUUAAUCACCAGAACGUACAAAAGACAAACCCAAUGCAUGAGGGCAGGGGGAAAGCUGUUGGAGGGCGUGAGCAGGUAGGAGGGCAUGUUAGGGUACCUCAAAGUAAACAAAAUGAUCUAGCAGGGGGGAAAAAGGGAGGAGUAAUAACGAAAGAGGGCAGUAAAAAAGUGAGUUCGAUGGGGGUGGAAAAGAAGGGGCAAUCGAGUGGUGUGGCAAUAAAGGAGCGUGGAAUGAAAGAAGGGGUAGUAGGGAGCAACCCACAAAAACAUACUGAUGGUGCGGGGAACCUAUCCCCUUUGGGUAUUAGAUGA